CGUUGGUCCAAGAAAGACGGGGUUUCACUUCAAAUUGCUGCUUCUUUGGUAUAAAUAAACAGAAGUGGAGUUUAAGUUUUUGAAAUAAAGUGAGAGCGAUCUGAUCUUAUCUACGCUCUCACUCCGUUCUUCACAGCUGAAAGCAAGGCAAUGGCAGCCACGCCUGUUCGGAAGCCACACACUUCCACAGCGGAUCUUCUCACCUGGUCCGAGGUCCCAGCAUCCGACUCUUCCUUCCUUGCCCCCUGCAGCGCCUCUCGGUCUGCUUCUCGUACCUCUCAUCAGCCGUCUGAUGGAGUCAGUAAGGUUAUAUUUGGAGGUCAGAUCACCGAUGAGGAAGCUCAGAGCUUGAACAAACGGAAACCUUGUUCAGGGUAUAAGUUGAAGGAGAUGAGUGGAAGCAACAUAUUUCCGACUGGCAGUGAGAAUGGUGACCCAGAUUAUGAAGCUGUUGAUGGCAAUUCAAGCAAUAGAACAUCGGUCCGUAUUGUUCAGCAAGCUGCAAAUGGGAUAAGCCAGAUUUCAUUCAGCACCGAAGAGAGAAUUUCACCAAAGAAGCCCACCACUAUACCAGAGGUGGCAAAACAGCGGGAAUUGAGUGGAACUCUUGAGAGUGAAUCAGAUAUGAAAAACACAAAGCAUUUAUCCGAUGCCAAAUGUAAGGAACUUAGUGGAAAUGAUAUCUUCGGUCCGCCUUCUGAAGCUCUUCCUCUAUCAUUGACCGCUUCCCGCUCCACUGAAUCAAAAGUAAGCAAAUUCAUGGGGGAGCCGGUCCCACGCAAUGUCCGCACAUCUGUCAAAGUUUCAAAUCCUGCUGGAGGUCAAAGCAGUAUAAUGUUUGGUGACGGGCCAGUGGUGGAAGCAACAAAGAAAAUACAUAACCAGAAGUUUGCAGAGUUGACCGGGAAUGACAUCUUCAAGGGAGAUGUUCCCCUUGUGUCUGCGGAAAAGCAUCUUAGCAGAGCCAAGUUGAAAGAAAUGAGUGGAAAUGACAUAUUUGCCGAUGGGAAGGUUCAAUCACGGGAUCACAUUGCCGGGGUCCGCAAACCUCCAGGCGGUGAGAGUAGCAUUGCUCUUGUAUAAUUUUAGUUACUAAUUAAUCUCAUCAAAAGGAUUUUAAGGUUCUACUACGUAGUAUUGCUAAAUUAUUAUCAUAUUAUGGUCCCACUAUGCUGGCUUUUACUCCAAUGGAAGGUACAUAUCCAUGGAUUUGAGUCAAUUAUGUUGGUUGGUAUUUGGUUAUGCAUGACCUUGUGCUGCUAGUUUUCUCAAUAGUAUAAGUAUCGUGUCCACUACCAGAUGUGGUGAUAUAUAUCAUACCCGUAGUAUAUUCAUAUGGGUCUUAUUAAUUCAAUUCCGUAGUACGGACUACGAGGUAUGGACAUUAAAUUGUCCUCAUGGAUUCUUUAUUCCAAUUCGCUCUAUUUGGCAAUCAAUUUAUAUGCAUUAGCCAUAAAGAUUGAUGCUUAGAUAGUUAGAUUUGCUAUUCA